GAGAGAGAGAGAGAGAGAGAGAGAGAGAGAGAGAGAGAGAGAGAGAGAGAGAGAGAGAGAGAGAGAGAGAGCAUUAAUGUAUCCGAACAGAUGUUUGGACGUGCAACAUGUGGAAACAGAGAGAAUCAUUGCCAGCGAUCUCUGUUUCUAUCCUGUUGUCUUUUGUGUGCGUGUGUGUGUUUGUUGUUUUGUUUGUUUGUUUUCACCUCUAGUUUUAUACGCUAUUCACUUUCUAAAGUUAAGAAUAGGAUAAGCAAGGGAAGAAAUGAUAGCAAUGAGGAUAACCUCCGAAAUAUAUCGCCCUUUUAGUAUUACGCAGCAGACUGUUUCCCUCCCCGGCCAAAGGGGUUUACGCACAAGGCAGCUCCCUUUACAUCCGACAAUACCCAAGCGUCCGCCGUCUUCCACCGUAAACAGCCUGUAAUUGGCCCGGGAGAGCACGAAAAAAGAAAGAAAACAGAAGAUGAGGAAGACGUCUGUGUGUCGCCGUGAGCAAAUCCUGAUUGUUAGUAAGGAAAGGCAUUUUUUUAACUCUUGUGGAAUGAAGAUUUGCGUCCGGUAUUUUCACUUUCGAUGGCUGUGUUCUGCUCGGGCAAGGCACAGUUUACAGUGAUUAUAAAAUGCGACUGGAGAUAAUAGUCAUAAUAGCAAUUAGGUCAUGAUUGCGGAUUUUAUUAUAUUCGUUUAAAGUGUCCGGUGUUACUAGGUUUUGUGUGAUCAGUUUGUAAUUAAUGAGAUGGCGUUAUUUGCUCCAGGUCUGCCGCUUGGGAAUGUGAAAACCAUUAAAACGUUUGUAUUAUCCUCGGCUAGAGGGACUCCCUAUCAAGACAGCUAUCCAUAUAUUAUGGCAUAUAUAGCUGUGUAGAGCUACCACUGUACUGUAAAGCCUUGCAUAUUUGCAUAUCGUUAACACACCAACGCUUUACUUUUCCAGAGUUGAAAAAUGUAUUUUUAAAUAUAAAUAUAUAGAGAGCUUCUGAAACCAGACCGGUAUUGUGGAAAUUUGAACUUGUGAAACCUGAAAUAUUUUGUCAGCACGGCCAGCGUUUCUUCAUCCGAAAACCCUGCCUCGGCCUCCAGCCAGGCGCCGAAAAGGGAGCCCCUGAAUGCAUUGCCAGAUCACAUGGCUGGCGAGAACAAAGGUAGAAUCGCUCCGGCAAAAAUGUUUCAAUGGCUCUACAAAAGGGGUCCUUGCAUCAAGACGGCCAUCACCUCCGUUCGGGAAGGGAAUGGAAAGAGUGUACCUCAGAAGUGAAUGGAAGGAUAAAAUAGAAACGGGGGAAUAUCCCGAAAUAUUUGACAUGUGGCUGCUACACUUCUUGCUAUAAAGUAUACAAGUUGGCUGACAUUUGGGAAGUCUGGGCCACACCUGGCGAUACUCUGGAACACCUCAUCCGCUCAGUCCACUACGGCCCACCCAGAGACAUGGGCCUAAAGGAAAGACUGGGAAAGUAUGAGGAAAAGGACUCCGAAAUGAUAAAGAAAACUGCACAUCUAUCUGGGACUGAUCCAAUCACAAUGGAAGAUAUACAGAUAGAUAAUAGACUGCUUUGAUCACAGAUCUAGAGACCGUUCCAAAGUCUAUUGUUAAGACAAUACUCGACAUUUUAUCAAACAAGAUAAGAGAUGGUUAAUGGGGCGACCUCACUGGUACUUUCUCUUCGCCAUAGAAGAAGGCAACCCGGAUGAACUAGUCAUGAAAUUAAUCGUCGAACUGUUGAAGAACUGUGAUCAGCGGACCAUUACAGGCGACAUGGGAGACGGUCUUGGUCUACUGCUCGAUCAGGUGGUUCCUACGAGGAGGACAUUGGGACAACUCGAACCCGUCACCCAGCCGCGUGCAGCCAGCUCUGGAACUCUGACGAGCUGCCUAGGCUCCCACGGCCGAGCACCUGCCGACGUCCGCGACGUCUGUCACGAUCUCGACGGACUUGCAGAGCCUGCCGGCGCUGGCGGCGGCGCUCGCCCGGCUGGAGGACCGUGUAAGUGUGGCCGACGACGCCCGAACCGACCCCGAGACGCUGUGGCCUCCGGCCCUCCCGUUCACCCUCCUCGCAACCUGGGUGGUGCCGCGCUGCCCGAAGGACGAGCCCGGUCUGAAGAUACGCGUCCGUGGAUGUCUUUCUCGUGAGGGGUGAGGCCUCCGAACCGCUGACCCGGCAGCUGCACGACCGCGGAUGUGGGUCGAGGAACCGAACUGCAGCUCUCCCGACCGGCGGCCGACUGUGAUCGACUGCACGACUCGACCUCGGUGUCUCUCACGUGUUUAUAUCUUCAGAGUUUGAGUGAUGAAAAAAAGCUGAUUCUGGGAACUGAUAUUAGCUGAUUUUUUUUUUUUUUUUUAGUUCAUUGAAAAAAAGAUGUGAUAGGUUUGGUGAGGUGUGGAGAUUUGCGGGUUGAUUGUGACUGUGUCUUGUUAUGAAUUGUGAUUUAUUACGAUCGGAUGAUAAUAACAAUAAAAUGAUGUUGCUUUCG